ACACAGCGAAGUACUUUCUGCUGCAGUUAAUCUGCGUAGUUGAGAAAUUGUAAUGGCGAGGCUACUAUUAAGAUCCCAUUUUCGGGGCUUCUUUGCCACCCAGUUCAGGAUGACAUCCGACCAGCUGGGUGAGCUGGGCAAAGGAGCAGGAAAGGGAGGCGGUGGAGGAGGCUCGGUGAGGGAGGCAGGUGGUGCCUUUGGAAAGAAGCAAGCUGCAGAGGAGGAGCGUUAUUUUCGUCAGAAGGAGAAGGAGCAGUUGUCUGCCCUACGGAAGCACCAUGAAGAGGAGAUUGACCACAGCAAGAAAGAAAUUGAGCGUUUGCAGCGUGAGAUUGACCGUCACAAGGGCAAAAUCAAGAAACUGAAACAUGAUGACUAAGCUCAGUCUUCAUUCACACUGCUUACAUUAGGCCAAAUAUCACCCAUUUGCCUGAUUUUGUGUUUGUAGGCAAUUGUAUAAUACUUACAUUCAAAACAAUAAUAAAACACUAGUUGUUUUCCAACUGGGAGAGUUUUUUUGUGAUUACUUUCAAUACCACUGUAGACUGUUUAUCUUGAAAUCGGGCACAUUUAUUAUGACAGUUGAGUAUUUCAUUUCAGGGGUGCCAUAUUUUUGAAAGUCUUGAGUUUUGAACUGCACACAUUCAGCUGUGACAGGAGGACCAAUCAAAUCAAAACCAGUUCUAACAUUGAUUACAAUAAUCACAUCUCUUCCUCAUGCAUUUCAAAUAAAUCUGAUGUCCAUCGCCAAGCUCUCAUAACGAAAUCGGUACAGAAUUUGUUUUCACUCAUUCUGUUCAGUAUGUUUAUGCUGUAAUUCAAUCACAACAUUGUGCAGGGUCGAAAUCCGAAUAUGUUCUCAUUAUGAAUUUGGGACUUCUUAUUGGUUGAAAAUCAUGUCAAAAUCUGACUAACCACUUCGAUUGGUUACGAUUGUAAGAGACUAUAGUUAGGUUGAUGCGUAGUUCUGCGUCGCAGAGUGGUGCUGGCGUUUUGCAAGCGACAUUCUCGUGGGUAGAUUCAACCAUACUAUUCAUAUUGGAUAACUAUUUUGGUUAAUUGUUGCAAAAUAUAGUUUUUCGAUACUGUUAUUUUCCUGGAGAAGAUAGGUAAGCGUUUGCGAAUUAUUCGUGUUUCACCUCUUGGCGGGUGAUUUGUUUGAAUUCUGAAAGGUGUCCAACAAGCUAACAAGGCCUUUAGCCAUCCUGCUAGCUAACGUUCGCUAUUUGCGCGGCUAAGUUUAUGAACUUUGAUACAGGGUUUUAUGUUUGUUUUUUAUGUUGGUAUUUCUAACUCUAAACGUUUAUUUUUGUGUUUGUAAAUAUUCGAAAAUGUGAAUUCAGUCGCAUUUGUCUAGCUAUGUAGCUAAUAACUAGCUAGCUAUUGGAAGGGGGCGGGACGGUGCUAGCCAAAAAAUACACACCACCAGCCAAGCUAGCUUCAACAACAACAAAAAACUGCUCGCUGAACGAGGUAGCUAGUUUAAUCACUGUUUUUGUUUACUGGCUGUUGGCGUUCGCUAGCUAUCGUGCCUGCAAUAUAAACGUACUGUUCACUUGUCCCCAGGUAUUUCAGCUUUCAGACCUCGUGGUUGCAUGCAUUAAAAUUAAUAGUUCUACUUUUCUAAUGGAUUUAUAUCUUUGCCAAUGUGAACUAGCUAGCUGAACUAUUUAGAAUAAUAUAAGUUAAUAUUGCAGCAGGACCAAAUGUAAACCAUGUAUGUUACAAAAGUUUGUUCUAGUGUCUUAAUCUGUAACGGCAGCUGAAACAUAUGUUCUAAUGUGGAACAUUCUAACUGAAAUCCAGUUUUUGUCUUGUCUAUUUUCUCUCAAGAGAAUGGCUGCUGACGAGGUGAAUGGUAGUUCUGCCCAGGUGAGGGAGGAAGAGGAGCCUAUGGAAGUCACUGCAGAAUGCGAGCACACAGAGAACUACCAGACACUAAUCGAUGCCGGACUGCCGCAGAAAGUGGCAGAGAGUCUUGACAACGUAUUCUCAACCGGGUUGGUGGCAUAUGCUGACCUGGACGAGAGGGCCAUCGAUGCUCUGCGGGAGUUCAAUGAAGAGGGAGCGCUGUCUGUACUGUUGCAGUUCAAAGAAAGUGACCUGUCCCAUGUGCAGAACAAAAGUGCUUUCCUUUGUGGAGUCAUGAAGACUUACAGACAGAGGGAAAAGCAAGGAAAUAAAGUACAAGAAUCCACCAAGGGGCCUGAUGAGUCCAAGAUCAAGGCUCUGCUGGAGCGGACAGGAUACACCCUGGACGUAACUACGGGACAGAGGAAAUACGGCGGGCCUCCACCAGAGGAAGUGUUCCAAGGAGCACAGCCUGGGAUUGGAACUGAGGUGUUUGUGGGAAAGAUCCCCAGAGAUCUGUAUGAAGACGAGCUGGUGCCACUGUUUGAAAAGGCGGGCCCUAUCUGGGACCUAAGGCUAAUGAUGGACCCUCUGUCGGGUCAGAACCGGGGCUACGCCUUCAUCACCUUCUGCGGCAAGGAUGCAGCAGCUGAGGCUGUGAAACUUUGUGAUAACUAUGAAAUCCGGUCUGGGAAGUACCUUGGAGUGUGCAUAUCUGUAGCAAACAACCGCCUGUUUGUUGGAUCAAUCCCAAAGAACAAGACCAGAGAGAGCAUAUUGGAGGACUUUGGCAAAGUCACAGAGGGGCUUCAGGAAGUGAUUCUCUACCACCAACCUGACGACAAGAAGAAGAAUCGUGGCUUCUGUUUCCUCGAGUAUGAGGACCACAAGUCUGCAGCCCAGGCCCGCCGCCGCCUCAUGAGCGGCAAGGUGAAGGUGUGGGGGAACCCGGUCACUGUUGAGUGGGCCGAUCCGGUCGCUGAGCCCGAUCCGGAUGUCAUGGCUAAGGUGAAAGUCCUGUUUGUCAGGAAGCUGGCCACCCCGGUCACAGAAGAGCUACUGGAGAAGACCUUCUCUGCGUUUGGAAAGUUGGAGCGGGUGAAGAAGCUCAAAGACUAUGCCUUUGUCCACUUUGAGGACAGGGAUGCAGCUGUGAAGGCAAUGGCAGAAAUGAAUGGGAAGGAGCUUGGGGGAGAGGAGAUUGAGAUAGUCCUAGCCAAGCCCCCAGACAAGAAGAGGAAAGAGCGGCAGGCUCAUCGCCAGACCACCAGAAACCCAGGGUAUGAUGACUAUUACUACUACCCACCGCCACGCAUGCCUCCACCAGGUAGGGGCAGAGGCCGUGGUGGCCGUGGGGGCUAUGCCGCCUACCCCCCAGACUACUACAGCUACGAGGACUACUACGAUGACUACUAUGACUAUCACGACUACCGUGGGGGUUACGAGGACCCCUACUACGGUUACGACGACGUGUACAGCAUGAGGGGCCGUGGCAGCCGGCCAAGCAGGGGAGGUCCGCCCCCACCCAGGGCCCGCGGAGCACCACCCACACGAAGCAGAGGGGGCUAUGGCCAGAGGGGGCCACCAAUCGGCGGGCCCAGGGGUGGCAGAGGGGGCCGGGGGGGACCCUUCCAGCCACAGAGGGGCCGCGGUACCCGAGGAGCCAGGGGGAACCGCGGGGGCAAUGUGGGAGGGAAGAGGAAGGCGGACGUCUUCAACCAGCCUGACUCCAAACGCCGGCAGACCAACCAGCAGAACUGGGGGUCUCAGCCCAUCGCCCAGCAGCCCCUGCAGCAAGGGGCCGACUAUUCUGGUAACUAUGGUUACAGUAAUGACACCCUGGAGUUUUCACAGGAUUCUUACGGGCAGCAGUGGAAGUAGACGCGUCAAAAUCAUUAUUUGGCAAAAUAAAAUUAAAAGACAGAAAAAAAACGUAAGGAGUUUGGCAACACUUUUUUUAUUUUCUUUUUUUAUCCCUCACGGGGAAAAAAUAUUUCACUAAGAGAAAAAAUGGACAGACCCCCAGAAUUGGCACAACAUGAUUGGCUGGAAUAGUAUUUUGGCCUGAAGAUGUGAAUGUAACCAUUUUGCUGAAUUAUUUCUUACGGUUACAUGUGCGUUUUAAGAUAUACGCCCCAUCACUUUUACCUUCCAACAUUUUGUUUCUUUUAAAGCCAACAAUGAGCAUUUUAAAUGUGGACAUUCAUUUUCAAAAGUCUGAGAGGCUGUUAAAAUCAUGAUAUUGCCUUGCAGGAAAGUUUAUGUCCAAGCCCCUCCCUCCCCUACCUGUGUUCCCCUUAUUUCUGUUUUCUAACAGUAGCAUAGGGACUUGCUUGUAAAUAGUUGCUUAUGGCUAGAGCUUCAUAUACAUUUUUUUGCCGUGAUGGAGAAAAUCCACAGAAGGAGAGAAUGUAAACGUUUUGUAAUGUUGAAAGUGUAUGUCUAGCAUUUCUAGAGGUAGAUCAAUUGUGUUUUUUAAAACUGAUAUUAUUAUAUAACUUCCUAUGUUUUCUUUAAACUUGCCCGUUAGAAUUUGGUUUGGCUUACCUUAAAAGCCAUAGCAGUUUGUUCUCGUGAUGUUUGUAUUUAUAACUUUUACCUUUGUUCCAUUUCAAUAAAACUCAGUUGAGCAUCAUUCAGUUGUCAGGUAA